AAGAGAAAGAAUAAAAAGAACAAGUUUCUAGUUUUGUUAUAAUUAUAUGAUAUGAUACCAUUGUCCAUUUAAUUUAAAUAUUAAAUUUGAUAAAAAGAAAAUGGCAGGGGUUGAAUUCGACGUGAUUUCAGAUUCAGGGAGGGAACACUCAUUUGCAAGAGCAUCGAAUGCAGAAUGGGUGGAAGAAGACGAAGAAGAGCUUCACAUGGCUGCUCUUCUAAGGUUGCCUACACAAAAACGUGUCAACUUAGCAUUGAUGAGGAAACCAUCUUCAGAAUUUCGUAGCUCAUCAAUUUCAAAUACAGAGAAAAACAGAUUGGAACAAAUCGAUGUCAGAAAGUUGAAUCGAGUUCGUCGUGAAUAUCUUGUCAAGGAAGCUUUAGCUACCAAUGAACAAGAUAAUUAUAAGCUUCUUUCUGCCAUCAAAGAACGUAUCAAAAAGGUAGGAUUGGAGAUGCCAAGCGUUGAAGUGAAAUUCAGAGACUUGACAAUUGGAGCUGAUGUUCAAAUUGGUACAAGAGCUCUACCAACUUUGAUCAAUUACACAAGAGACUCCAUUGAGGGUUUGGCAACCAGUUUGGGGAUAAGUCGACCUAAAAGACAUUCUUUGACUAUCCUCAAUGAUAUCAAUGGUGUUAUUAAACCUGGAAGGAUGACAUUGUUGUUAGGACCUCCAGGAUCUGGUAAAACUACUUUACUUUUGGCUCUUGCUGGAAAACUCGAAAGUGACCUCAAGAAAAUUGGUAGUAUAACAUACAACGCACAUGAGCAAAAUCAAUUUUGUAUUCAAAGGGCUUCCGCAUACAUUAGCCAAGUUGAUAAUCACACAGCUGAACUAACCGUCAGAGAAACUUUUGAUUUUGCAAAUAGAUGUCAAGGUUCAGCUGUUCCAGAGUUAUUGAAAACUCUGGAAAGCUUAGAAAAGGAAAAGAAUGUGCUGCCAAGUCCAGAAAUUGAUGCAUUUAUGAAGGCUGUGUCUGUUGGUGGAAAAAAGCACAAUGUGAUGACAGAUUAUAUAUUGAAAGUGCUUGGUCUUGAUGUAUGUUCUGAUACUGUUGUUGGUAGUGAUAUGAUAAGGGGGAUAUCUGGUGGUCAAAAGAAGAGAGUAACUACAGGAGAAAUGAUUGUUGGACCAAGAAAAGCUCUGUUUAUGGAUGAAAUAUCAACUGGACUUGAUAGCUCUACAACAUUUCAAAUUGUUAAAUGCAUAGGAAAUUUUGUUCAUCAGAUGGAAGCUACUGUACUAAUGGCUCUUCUUCAACCUGCACCAGAGACAUUUGAACUCUUUGAUGAUCUAGUGCUUUUGUCAGAUGGACAUAUAGUUUAUCAAGGUCCUAGAGAACAUGUGGUAGAGUUUUUUGAGUCAUUAGGUUUCAAACUUCCACCGCGCAAGGGAGUUGCAGAUUUUCUUCAAGAGGUAACAUCUAAAAAAGAUCAAGCACAAUACUGGGCUGUUUCUUCAAAGCCAUAUAAAUUUAUUCCAGUACCAGAGAUUGCAGAAGCCUUUAAAAAAUCCAUAUUUGGAAAGUCUACUGAAGCAAUGUAUACUGCUUCAUAUGAUAAAUCAAAAAGUCAUCCUUCAGCUUUGCCCAAAACAAGUUUCUCAGUCUCAAAUUGGAAUCUUUUUAAGGCUUGUUUGUCGCGAGAAUGGACCUUGCUCAACAGGAAUAGAUUUCUCUACGUUUUUAGGACAGUCCAGGUUGCAUUUGUUGGAUUUGUCGCAAGCACAAUGUUCCUACAACUAAAAUCUCAUCCUAAGAAUGAAGUUUAUGGCAAUCUCUACCAAUCUUCACUUUUUUAUGCACUGGUGCACAUGUUGUUUAAUGGGACUUCUGAAUUGACUCUUUUGAUAUUUCGGCUCCCUGUGUUCUAUAAACAAAGAGGCAAUUUAUUCUAUCCUACAUGGGCAUGGACAUUGUCCUCUUGGAUUCUUCAAGUACCUUAUUCCAUUAUUGAAGCUGUUGUGUGGACUUGUGUUGUAUACUACACUAUUGGAUUUGCUCCUGCAGUUGGGAGGUUUUUCCGCUACAUGCUUCUGUUGUUUAUGGUACACCAAAUGGCAUUAAGUCUUUUCCGGUUAAUGGCUUCUCUUGGACGCGAUAUGAUCAUUGCUAAUACAGGCGGAUCAGGUGUACUGAUGAUUUUAUUCUUGUUGGGAGGAUUUAUUGUCCCAAAAGGUAUGAUUAAGCCAUGGUGGCUUUGGGGUUACUGGUUAUCGCCUCUUAAUUACGGACAAAGAGCUGUUUCAGUCAAUGAAUUUACUGCCACAAGAUGGAUGGGGACUUCAGCUUUAGGGAACGACCCAGUUGGUCACAAUAUACUCAAGUCAUUCAAUUUACCAACUGAAGAUUACUGGUAUUGGCUUAGUUUGGGAGUUUUAACACUCUACACAUUGUUUUUCAACUUAUUGACAACUUUGGCACUGACCUAUCUGAAUCCACUCAAAAAACCAAGAGCAGUUACUAACAAUGAAGAUGAAGAUUCACAAAAGAGUUAUGAUAACGUUGACAAUGAAUCAACAAAAAGUUCCAAAUCUACUGGUGGAGAGAGCAAAAACAAGGGAAUGAUUCUUCCUUUUCAACCAUUGACAAUGACAUUCCACAAUGUCAAUUAUUAUGUUGAUAUGCCAAAGGCGAUAAGAAAACAAGGUGUAACAGAAACUAAGUUGAAGCUUUUAGCAAAUGUGAGUGGUGUUUUUGCACCUGGUGUACUUACAGCAUUAAUGGGAUCAAGUGGAGCUGGGAAAACCACUUUAAUGGAUGUGCUUGCAGGAAGGAAAACAGGAGGAUAUAUUGAGGGUGAUAUUAAAAUAUCUGGUUACCCAAAAGUGCAACACACAUUUGCAAGAAUAGCAGGAUAUGUUGAACAAAAUGACAUACAUUCUCCUCAAAUGACAGUUGAGGAGUCCUUGUGGUUUUCUGCAUCAUUAAGGCUUCAAAAGGAAGUUAGCAAAGAAAAAAAGCAAGAAUUUGUUGACCAGGUAAUGAAACUAGUAGAACUUGACAGCUUAAGAAAUGCUAUAGUUGGAAUGUCUGGCAUUUCUGGCUUAUCAACAGAGCAGAGAAAGAGAUUGACAAUUGCAGUGGAACUUGUAGCAAACCCUUCCAUAAUUUUCAUGGACGAACCUACAUCUGGACUUGAUGCACGUGCAGCUGCCAUUGUUAUGAGAACUGUUCGCAAUACAGUUGAUACCGGAAGAACAGUGGUUUGUACCAUACAUCAGCCAAGUAUUGAUAUAUUUGAAUCAUUUGAUGAGUUACUUCUUAUGAAACGUGGAGGACGAGUUAUAUAUGGCGGGAAGAUCGGUAACCAGUCGAAUGUGAUGAUAAAAUAUUUUCAGAGUAUCAAUGGAAUCUCUCCAAUUCCAAGUGGCUACAAUCCAGCUACAUGGAUGCUUGAGGUUACCACACCUGCUAUUGAACAGAAAAGUGGUGUAGACUUUGCAGAUGUUUACGAAAAAUCUGAUCAAUUCAAGGAGGUGGAAGCUUCUAUUAAGAAAUAUGAACAACCUCCUUCUGGCUCAAAACCAUUGAAGUUUGACACGUUAUAUUCACAAAGUAGAUGGUCACAGUUUAUCAAGUGUUUAUGGAAGCAAAAUAUUUUGUACUGGAGAAAUCCAUCAUACAAUGCAAUAAGGAUAUUGUUUACAGUGGCAUCUGCUUUGUUAUUAGGUUCGAUAUUUUGGCAGAUUGGUUCGACAAGGGAAACAACUCAACAAGUGUUGGUAAUUAUGGGUGCAUUUUUUGCUUCGUUAUUGUUCCUUGGAGUGAAAAAUGGAACUUCUGUACAACCAGUUGUUUCAGUUGAAAGGACAGUGUUUUAUAGAGAGAAAGCAGCUGGAAUGUAUUCUUCAAUUGCUUAUGCAGCAGCUCAGGGGCUAGUGGAAAUCCCAUACCAAGUUGUUCAGACAAUAGUAUUUGGUGUAAUUACAUAUUCCAUGAUGGGUUUGGAAUGGAAUUUAGGAAAGUUUUUGCUAUUUCUUGUGUUCAUGUUCCUGACAUUCACCUAUUUCACCUUUUAUGGUAUGAUGGCUGUUGGUCUUACACCUACCCAACACCUUGCAGCUGUUACUUCUUCUGCAUUUUACUCUCUAUGGAAUCUUGUUGCAGGUUUUAUUAUUCCAAAAGCGUAUAUUCCUGGAUAUUGGCUUUGGUUCCAUUAUCUCUGCCCAAUUACUUGGACACUGCGUGGUAUUAUAACAUCUCAAUUUGGUGAUGUGCAAGAUAUAAUUGUGGGACCAGGAUUUAAGGGCACUGUAAAAGAGUAUAUAUCUCUUACACUUGGAUUUGAUGAUACAAUUAAUGGAGUUUCAGGAGUAUUGAUGUCAGCAAUUGUGCUUGUUUGCUUCUGCAUAUUCUUCUUUGGUUCCUUUGCUAUAUCAGUUAAAGUGUUGAACUUCCAAAGCAGGUGAUUGAAGAAUGUAGUUAUAGAUAGAUAAAUAGAUAAAUAAAUAAGAAGAGAAUCUACUAAGAAAUGAAAUUUGUACAUAAAAGUUAAUAUGUUUGAAAUUUAAGUACUCAUGUGAAGGUAAUAAAUAGUUUGAAAUACAUUUCAUGUUAGGUGAGUUCUAAUGAUUUGGAAAGUCAAGUUGUAAUCAAUUGAAUGAUACAUAGCAUAUAUCUGCCCAAUAGUGUUGGGGGGGUAAGAAAAUGUAUUUUUUUCUUCUUUCUGAUUGAAUAUCAUGUGAGAUGUUAAAAUA